AUGUGGAUUGGCGGCUACUCCUCUCUGCUUCGCUGCACUGGGGGUCGUGACACGGCUCAAAGAGAAGGAAAUGCACCUGUAGAUGCCGAUCUCCUAGAGUCUGGCCUUUUCCAGACUUCAGACUUCUGGGAUCCCUACUUCCGCGAGCACAAAACUCUCAUCCCAACAAACCUGAUGGUCGAAGAAGUCAUGUCAAUCUUUCGGCUCACCAGAGACCCCGACGAGAAGCCAUGGAUGUCUCCCAAAGUGAAUGACCUCGAGAUGGACGUGAUGAUGCUCAGCGCUAUGUCGAGGAUCAAAGACGGCAUCACAAACGGCCCAACACGAGCAUUGUUGUGCGAGCUUAUCUUCAACGUCUGGGACACUCUGCUCGACCGUCAAAUGACGCGAUGCGCCUUAUCGCUUCGUCAACAGUUGUUUAUUGCGGUCGUUCCACCCUCCAACGAUCACAAUCUUCACAAAAUCGUCGCUUACGCUGAUUUUGUGCUGGAUCACCCAUCCCUGGAACAAUGGGACAAAUGUGUUAUUCUGAUGAAAGCCGAAUCUGAGGGGGAGAGGAAGCAGACGAAUGCUGAUCUCUUGAAAUUCAUGGGCUGCGUUCUUUCCGAGCGCCAGGCUCGAGGAAAAGAGGCUGCUCCAGUCUAUGGUGUCGGCUUCGACGGACUGCACUUCGAUUUCCACCAGAUCAGCCUUGAUCGAUGCUGGUCCACGAAAACCCUCGAGGCUGCGGGCGGUCACUCUCCAGAGGUCCUCAACUUGCUCGGACAUAUCAUCAUGGAAGCGAUUAUCAGGCCUUCGAGCCAAACGCAUGAUACAGAUCCGGAGGAAUCAGCUAGAAUUGAUACUUGCACUGUGAACCUGGUUGCACCUUGA